UUGUUAUCGUUAAAAAAUUGUCCAUCCUAUAGCAUUAAAUUUUUAUGUAUAAUUUUUAUCAUUUUCGACUGUUUAGACUCGUUGAGAACACCCUAUAGAACCUUUUGGUCGGAUGAAAUAAAUUAUGAUCGUGCUCUUAGAGGGCGCUGAUCAUUUUAACACUAUCGCCAUCUAAUCAAGUAUCUGUGUCUGUCGGAACUAAUUAACUGUCUCAAAAAUUCGAUGUGAGUUUCCGGCCUCCAGUAUACAUUAAUUCUACGAACAAUGCACGUGUGUUUCACGUGGUUUACGAUUUUGCAUCGCAUGCAUGUGUUCCUCAAUAAAACGUAUACACAACAGUAAAUGGACCACAUUUACUUCUUAAAUGUUUAUAAACAUUGAUAUAACUAACAUAAUCAGUAUAAUCCAUCUAAAAUGAGUAACGUCAUUUUAAAAGAAGCAUAUGAAGUUGAAUUUAAACAUGCUGCAUUUUAUACAGGAGGAAAUGUUCAGUGGAGUAAAGAUGGUCAACAUAUAUUCUGUCAAAAAUAUGGUGUAGUUUCUAUAGUGUCAGUAACGAAAGGUGUAGUACUUCAUUAUUUAGGGCAAGGAAAUAAUAACGAAGAAGAAGAUACUAUUAAUACAUUUACUGCAAGUGAUAAUGAUUUAAAUAUUAUUACCCACCACAAAAGUGGUUUAUUCAAAUUAUGGAAUUGGAAAGAUAAUAAACUAGUCAAAUUAUGGAAAUCCAUUCACAAGGGUCCAGUAACUUGUAUCGCUCACGUAAGUGAGAAGAAUUUAGUUGCUUCUGGAGGUAGUGAUGGAGCUAUUAGAUUGUGGGAUUUGCAACAUUAUAGUUGUACUCACAAUCUGAAAGGAGCUCAAGGAGUUAUCAGUGUAUUAGUUUUCCAUCCAAAUACUGAAAAAGGACUUGUCUUCGCCUCUGGUGAUGAUGCGAAAAUUCAUGGAUGGAGUAUUAAAUCUGGUAAAGAAGAAGUUACCCUUUCUGGACAUUUUAGUAAAGUUACAUCUUUAUCUUUUGCUGAAGAUGAUAAUUAUUUAAUUAGCUCGGGAAGAGAUAAAGUAUUAAUUUUAUGGGACAUCUCUUCUGGAUCAUCAAUACGAAUUUUACCAGUUUAUGAAGAAAUAGAAGAUACAUUUAUUAUUCCUAAUAAUGCAUCAUGUAUGGUUUUGAAUAACAAAAAUAAGCAUGGUCUUUAUGUCGCUGGUGCAGGAGAGAAAGGUAUUGUUAAAAUUUGGGAAAUAAGAACUGGGAAAGAAAUAUAUGCCCAGAAAGAUUCUAUUGUAUCAGCAGCAAAAGAGGGAACAAAUUUUGCCAUCACUCAUUUACUUUAUAAUGAUAGUUGUAAUAGUUUUGCUAUAGUUACUGUAGACCACAACAUAAUUAUUCAUUCAUUAGAGACAUUUGACUACAUAAAGCAGCUAGUAGGUUACAGUGAUGAAAUUUUAGAUAUUGUUUAUCUUGGAAAUGAUGGAAGUCACAUAGCAGUUGCUACUAAUAGUUGUGAUAUAAAACUAUAUAACAUUUCAACCUUGAAUUGUGAACUAUUAUGUGGGCACACAGAUAUUGUUUUAUCUCUUGCCACAACACCCGCCAAUGUCUAUCUACUUUUAUCAUCAGCAAAGGAUAAUAGUGUUCGCGCAUGGUAUAUGGAUAAAGAAACAGAGAAAGUAUCUUGUGUAGCAUUUUCUGUUAGGCAUACUGCUCCAAUUGGUUCUGUUGCUAUUUCUCAAACAUCUUCUAAAUUCUUUGCUUCAGUAAGUCAGGAUUCUUGUCUCAAAUUAUGGGAUUUAUCAGAAAAUAUCGAACAUAAAGGCACAUGUACUUUAAACGUGGUUCAUACAGCAUUAGCCCAUCAAAAAGAUAUUAAUAGUGUAUCAAUAUCUCCAAAUGAUAAAUUAAUAGCAACUGGGUCUCAAGAUAAGACAGCUAAAUUGUGGUCAGUUGACAAUUUACAACUGCUUGGAGUGUUACGUGGGCAUAGGAGGGGUAUAUGGUGUGUACGAUUUUCGCCCAUAGAUCAAGUACUUUUAACAACAUCAGCGGAUUGCACAGUAAAACUUUGGUCAUUGACAGAACUUAAUUGUUUAAAGACACUUGAAGGUCAUGAAUCAUCUGUACUGAGAGCAGAAUUUUUGUCGCGUGGAAUGCAAUUAAUUACAGCGAGUGGCGAUGGUUUCUUAAAACUUUGGAAUAUUAAAACGUCAGAAUGUGUAUGUACUAUGGAACAGCAUGAUAGCCGUGUAUGGGCACUUGCCGUUAAUAAAAACGAGAAAACUAUCGUCAGUGGUGGAAGUGAUUCCUUAUUAGUUAUUUGGAAGGAUGUAACUGAAGAAAGAAAGACGCAAAGAGCAUUGGAGAGUGAGCAACUUGCAUUGGAAGAGCAGCAGUUAUCAAAUUUACUUAAAGCAAGUAAAUUAACGUCUGCUUUAAACUUAGCUUUAAAAUUAAACCGUCCUUUCCAAGUUCUAAAAAUUAUAGAAAAUAUUAUAAAGGAAGACUGUUUACAACUUGAACAAACAGUUCGUGAUCUAAAACCUAUUUAUAAGGAAGAACUACUUAAGUGUGCUGUUACAUGGAACGCCAACAGUAAGAAUUGCCAAAUUGCGCAGGUAGUUAUAAAUACAUUAAUGAUGGAAAUGGAAGAUCUAGAAUCGAGAACAACAGCAUCCUCCACGCUAGAAUCUAUGAUACCAUAUACCGAACGGCAUUAUGUACGAAUGACAAAACUGCUUCAGAAUCUUCAUUUAAUGACCUAUAUGCUUCAUCGUAUGAAACCGCAUAUCGCGUCUAUAGAAAUGAAGUAACAUGAUAGUAAAAAAUAUUGUAUAUUGUAUAUUUAUAAAUUUUUUUUUAAUACAUUUUUUGAUCUAUUAGGAUUGUUUAAAGUUUCAAUUAAAUUUUAAAAAAAAUUGUAAUUGUUUAUUUUAAAAAAUUAUAUUGAGAAUAAUAUGAAAGAUUGAAACAGGAGCAAAAUUUAAAUUUCAAGAUUUGUAAUGUUUAUACAGUUUUUUAAAUGAAAUAUAAGUAAUGUAGAUACUAUUUAAUUUGAAGUAUGACUGUGAAAGAAAUAUAAAUAUUAAGAUAAGUAACUUUUGAAUAAGCAAAGAGGCAGAAUAAUCGCAAAAUAUUUUUACACAAACUGUGAGUUAUUAGAAGAUACGUAACAUGGUAAAAGAAAUUUUGUGACAAAUGACAUUGCAUAGGUUUCAAGGUUAAAAUUAGUUUUAAGAUAGUGUUACAAUGAAUUCAAUAAUUAAGAUAUCUACAUAAAGUUAUUGCAUUUUGAGUAAAGUCUUCAGGCUUUCGACAUGUACUCGGCCUCACAGUUUGAGCGAUCCACACUGAAGUUUCUUUGAUCACCAACAAACUAGUUCUUUUUAUACGUCAAAUAAACAAUCAGUUGCCUA